AUGUCCGCCAAUGCAGGAGAGGGAGAGGGUGACCAGCGCCGUCUGCUGCAGAAAGAAGACAGUAUAUCCGGGUUGUCUGCCGCCGCAAUUGCUUCACCAAAGUCUACCAAGUCUCCAAACCCUGCAAGCUCUCCGAUUCUGCGCCAGGGAUACCACCGAAUGGACUCAUCCCCCGGCCUGGACGACGCUAUUUUGAGGCACUCUCCAAAACCUUCGAUCAAUCCAUUCUUUGAGAAUGACGAGCAACAACUCCGCGGCCUCGGCAUUUCAGACAGACGGACUUCUAUCCCCCGCGUGCCAGUGGGCAGUCGAACUUCGAUGCACUCACCCACGCCCUCAAACCCGUUCGUUUCUCCCCUAGACUCUCCGCGGAUAACAGAGCCUUCAUACGUAUACAAUGGGGAUGGGUUGGCAAGAGAUACACCACGGAUUGAGGAAGAACAAGAUGUAACAAAGGGGAGGAAUUCUCAGUUUACUGAAGAAUUCAAUACAGAAGAAGAUGGAGGCAAUAAGGGCAUGGAGAAUAAUCAUAGUCACAAUAACCACCUAGAUUGCCCCUCGAUAGAGCAGUUUUACUCGAAAAGAGCCAGCUGGCUUUCAAUAUCAAUCCUCGGUCUUUCUUUAUACUCCACCAUCUUCUCUGGAAUAUGGUUAGUUUUGGCCAUCGCACAACCUCGUUAUGGUCGAAAUAUACGUUCUGGAGGCAGCUUCCCCCCAUCUACUGCCUCUACUGUCUUUGCCCUCUUUGCGAAAACGAUUGAACUUUCUUUCGUCACAGUUUUCGUCACAUUCUUAGGCCAAGUACUAAGCCGAAGGUCCCUCGCCAAAAGUUCUCGUGGUAUGACAAUAGCAGAGAUGACAAUGCGGACUUGGGUCAUCCAACCAGGAUUUAUGAUUACGCAUGGGCAGCAUCUAUAUCAUGUGGGAAUUUCUUUCCUUGGAGCAAUUACCUUGGUAGCUGCUUUCAUCGCAAUGUUUUACACUACAGCCUCUGAUGCGCUGGUCUCGCCACAUUUGAAAUUCGGAGGAUGGGAGCAUAAGAUGAUGUAUGGGUCGGUUCAGUCCAGUUAUGCCAAUCCAAAUUUUAUCAAAGCAAACUGCCAGACACCUAUUACCGCGGUCAUGGAUCCAGUGGAGGGUGGUAAUGAGUGUAUAGCGCUGGAUUACGCUGGUCAAGCUUAUCACAACUCCAUUGCUUAUAUGAGUACGUGGGCGGGCAUCAGAGCAGCUGGAGGGACUUCUACGAAGCUCGCGAAGAGACCUCAAGCACCGGGUAUGCUGUAUGAUAAUACCACAGUCACGGGACGAUGGAUUUUAAUCAACACGAGUGAUAUAAACGCGGCACAUGAAAAGUACAACAGAGUAAUCAAUAACGUCAGCCUCGCAAUGCCCCACGCCGGUAUUCUUGCCGCCGCACUAGACCCAAAGAAUUCCAUCAUUCAACCAGAAGACCUUGCUGGUGUGGGACAAUACUCAAUGAGGGCUUCGGUUAUCAGCCCCGCCGUCAAUGUAAUGUGUGUCAACAUGAACAAGACCGAGCUUAAACCAAUAGUAUACGCCGAGUGGGAACACGCGAAAACCAAUUCAAGCAGUAUACCAGGGCAAAAGGUAGCAUGGUCUGGUUGGGAAUCCGAACUUCAAGUUUUGCCCGGGCAAAACUACACCAACACAACUGUUGUAGAUGAUAUAUUUGAAUGGGGCGAAAAGUACGGACGACAAACUCCGAUUUUCCCAAUGCUGCCGAUUGAUUACAACACAAUCACCAACAUCAGCGCUGCUAACUACAGUGACUCUGUUUAUCUUCUGGCCAAAUCACCAAACAUAACCGACUAUACCCUGUGCCAGUUACGAUCAUUUGUGUCGCCUUCUUGCAGCACGUACUAUAAUGUUUCCGGUACCACAGGAGGGCACAUCGAGGCACGUUGUGAAGAUGAAGAUGAUGAUAUGGCGUACUCGAAAUCAGUACCGGAUGCACCGACCGUCAGAAGUUCCGAUUGGCGGAAUGUGGCUGCCCAGUGGAUGCUGGCGACUUCGAUGGAUUCUGGAACUACCAAUGCAAACGCAUCAAUCGCACGCCUACUGAGUCAAUUGAUCGUGCCAGCUUCAGGUGGUCUGAACAAUUCACUGCCUAGCCUCGCGGAACAUCUUUCAGUUAUGAUUGGCAGCACUCUACUUUCGAGUACAACUCUAUCGAGUUAUUAUCACUAUUGGGACCAUACCGAUGCCGAACUCACCGAGCCGGAAUACAGACCAUUCAACGCCUCGAUAGUCUCACAACAGUACACUUCCGGAUUCACCUCAAAAUGGGAAGGCAUAUUCUACAUUGUCCUGCUCCUCGUUUUCGCUACCAACGCUUUCUGCUUGGUCUAUCUGUUCAUGCGUUCCGGACUUGUGACCGAUUACACGGAACCGCAGAACCUCUUCGCGCUCGCCGUUAACAGUCCGCAGUCACAUGCCGUAGCUGGAAGCUGCGGGGCCGGACCAAAGGGAGAACAGCUGAAUGUCAAUUGGCAUGUAGAUCGGGCGGAUAAAUCUGGGCAUUUCUUCUUCAAGAAUGCGGGACGGGGAAAUGGGAGUGUAAAUGUUCCGCAGGAUUUCGAGCUCAGGAAAAGACCGUCGGGGAUUUCGAGGUCGUUGACUAGUUAUAGUAGGUUGAGUAAGAAGAGGACUAGUUUUUUGUAG